AUGCAAAUGGCAACAUCUUCUGCCGCUUAUCUUUUACCAGGAUCAUCAUCUGCUAUAGGAUCGAAAUCAACACAUCUUAAACAAUCGUUACCACCAUCACCACUAUCAGCACAAACAGGGCCGACAACAUUUCAUUCUGUUCACAAUGUUGCUCAUCAACAACUUCAACAACAUUCGCUUCAUCGACCUUCUAUUCCAUCACAUUCUCAACAACAUUUUUCGAGAACAACAUCCAACAAUGAUACAUUUCAUUCAUUAACAGUCACUAAUACUAAUAAUGGUGCUUCAUUGUUGACAACAACAACAAAUAAUAAUAAUAAUAAUAAUAAUAAUAAUAAUAAUAACCCAUCAUCACUUUUGACAACUAAUAUCAGUGACGAUAAUGGUGGUGGUAGUGGUUCUGGCGGACAUAGUCUUUCACAAAGUAUGGAAUCAAUUAAUAAUAUUGGUUUUACAGAUGAUGAGGUUCGAACUUUGUUCGUAUCUGGCUUACCAAUGGAUGCUAAACCGCGAGAGCUCUAUCUUCUAUUUAGAGGAUUCAAGGGUUAUGAAGGAAGUCUACUAAAAGUAACAAAUAAAAAUGGUAAAAAUUUAUCACCUGUUGGUUUUGUUACAUUUGCCAAUCGUGUUGAUGCAGAAACAGCUAAACAAGAACUUACAGGAGUUCGAUUUGAUCCUGAUCUUCCAGCAACUCUUCGUCUUGAAUUUGCUAAAUCGAAUACUAAAGUUCAAAAACCUAAACAUCCAACUCAAAAUUCAUUAUCAGCUCAAACACAACAAUAUAUACAAAUUCCACAAGAACUAGGCGCCGCUUUCUUUCCUACUGAAGCUUGGGGUCAACCAUUAACAUUCGAUUUAGGACCAGCUGGUCUACAUCAUCCUGCACUGUUACAUACUACUCUUCAUGGACCACCAAUGGGUAUGGGUCAUCCAAUGCAAGCAACAGCAGGUAUGACACAAUUACAACAAUCAAAUCAAUCUAUAAAUCUUGCAACAGCUAAUGGACAAUUGAAUGGUGGUUGUUCAACAUUAUUUUUAACUGGAUUUCCUGAACAUGAUUUUAAAAAUAUGUCAUUUGCUUUGCCGGGCAAAGCUCUUUGA